UUACGAACGUACCUUCACUCUGUUGAUAAAAGAUUACGUGUUUUUAUUUUAUACUAUCAUACUAUGUGUAUUUCCAAAAUUUAAGAAAACUUUACUGCUGAAAGCUUUACUGUAGUGGAAAAUUGUUCGUCAUGUCUACUUGGGUAAAUGAAAACAGUGUUUCUUUUUUCCAACUUUUCUGUAUAAAAGUUGUUAAGUGCGGCCGUGUACCUCAGCAUAUCGCUUUUAUAAUGGAUGGGAAUCGUAGAUAUGCUAAAAAACACAGUGUACACAGUAGUAAGGGGCAUUCGGAAGGAUUCAAUAAACUGUCAGAAACAUUAAAGUGGUGUCUGGACCUAGGCAUACCCGAGGUUACUGUCUAUGCAUUUAGUAUAGAGAACUUUAAAAGGACAGAAGAAGAGGUUAAUGGCUUGAUGGAUCUGGCUCGAGACAAAUUCCAAAGACUACUAGAUGAAAUCGACCAGAUAAACGAGUGGGGUGUGAGACUUCACGUUGCGGGACGCCUGACACUGCUGCCGGAUGAUCUGCGGGCACUUGUAGCCAAGGCUAUGCUCUUGACCAGACACAACAAUAAGCUGAGGCUCAACAUUGCUUAUUCUUACACUGCUCGUGAUGAAAUCACUCGCGCUGCGUCGCAAUUAAUUGAAGGCGUGAGGAAUAACGAACUGACUGCUGAAGAUAUAGAUGAGGAGCUGUUGUCAGAGACGUUAGAGCUGAGCCCGCCCGACCUGCUCGUCAGGACCUCAGGGGAGGUCAGGCUUUCUGACUUCAUGCUAUGGCAGAUCUCCGACACCGUGCUGUACUUCACUGACGUGCUCUGGCCCGAGUUCACCAUCUGGAACCUGCUGGCCGCCAUCAUACACUUCCAGAGACACGCCACUGAGCGUACGCCGGAAAUAGACUUAAGCGACCGGAAGCGAACGUUCAGGGACAAGCUAGAGCACAAGCGAUGGCAGCAGUUGGAGAAAUAUAUUACAUAACUGAUAAAUUAUGGGAUUAGCUUCUACCCACAACUUCAUCUGCGUUGAUAAAAAAUAUCCUAUGUCCUUCCUUGGGCUUCCAAAUAUCUUCUAAAUCAGUUCAGCGGUUUAAGCGUGAUGACAGACAGGGAUACUUUCGCAGGGAUAGCUUCUGCCCGCGACUUCGUCUGCGUGAAAUUAGUUAUUUGGGUAGUUUAUUUUUUAUCCAAUUUGUUUUUUUUUAUUCCCCAUAUAGACUACCGUAUUUAAGAGGCAACUAUAACGCCUAGAUAAAAAUAAUGGCAAUCAUUCAAUUUAGGCAUAUUAUGUUUAUUGCUUACAUUAAUUAUCAGGCUAUGCAUCAAUUAUUUCACUUCCACUCCACUUUCCACCCUCUUAAGGGAUGACUUCCGGGAUAAAAACUAUGCUAUAUUCUUCUCUGGGCCUUAAACUAUCUCUAUACCAAAUUUUAACUAAAUCGGUUCAGCGGUUUAAGCGUAAAUAGACAGACACACUUUAGCAUUUCUAAUAUUAGCAUGGAUAUCAGUAGGAAUAGAUCAUAAAACUGCGUCCUUAACAGACCUCAACGAGGGGAGGGAGGGUUGUUAGGGUCGGCAACGCGCAUGUAACUCCUCUGGAGUUGCAGGCGUGCAUAGACUACGGAGACUGCUUACCAUCAGGCGGGCCGUAUGCUUGUUUGCCACCGACGUCCUAUAAAAAAAAACCUACGGUGGAACCAAAACAUAUACAUAUUAUUAUACUCUUUGGGUGGAGGUGGAACACCUUCCAUACGAUCAAUCAGGCCUCGGACCGGACCGAGGUCGCAGUCCGGUAUGCCUAUAUGUUACAGACAGGCGGGGAUACAUACAUCCUUGAAUGCUUUACAGUGUCCAUUUUUCACGCGAGUAUUUUAAUAGUGAAAGAGAUGUAUGUUUGGUUUCACUUUUAUAUAAUGAUUUUAAGGCUUUAUAAUGUUCUUAGUUAUAGGUUAUUUAUUGCAUAGCAUAGAUUAAGUAUUGUAAACUUGUAUCCUGAAUUAGAUAAAGUGACGUUUGCAGAUGUGUA